UUGGGAUUUUUUAGAUCCCGCGAGUUUUCCACAAACAUGCUAAACGACCGUUAUGGACUUAUGCUUUCCUUUCUAUUUAUACUUACAGACCAUACAGGCGUUCGAUAGAAUUCUGCAAAGGUCUGCAGGAGAUGGCCUCAAAAUGCUCCUACUCGCGGGAUUACUGUUCGAUGAAAGCGUGUGGCAUGACGUGGAAGAUGAAUAUCUUCGAGGUGCCUUGCGUAUCAUGAAAAAACUUUCGAAUAGAGGGAUUAAAAGAACAAACGAAAUGGAGAACAUGGCAACUGACGAAGUUUUGGCCAUGCCGUUGAUUCAGUGGGUCAACUUUAAUGGUCCUGAAGUUGGCUUUGUCGAACUGCUGGCGGUUAAAGAAUUAAUUGAAAGACAGCCGCUACAACCUCAUAUUCUAUGCGUAGCUGAUUGGUAUAAGAAAGGAAACUUGUACGUCAUUGUUGAAAACUAUGUCAUACCCUGCGGAUUGUCAAGCUUGCGAGCCGUUGAGGUGCUCUUUAAAUGCCUCACUGUGUUUGGUGUUGAUCCACCUGUGCUGCUGCGGAAGUUGGACGACAUGGUUGCCAUUAACGCAUACAGGACGAGAGAAACGAGCAAAAGAACAACUGUGAACAAUUUGAGUUUCAGGUACCAGGAGUUCUUGAAGACAUCAGCGGAAAAAGAGAGUCAUUGAACAGUUCUGAUAAAUUGAUCAAAAAUUUGUUUUUACAAUGGUUUUAACACCGUUUUUUAUCUUGUUAUUUUAUUUGCUAUUUUUAUUUAAGCUAAAAAGGGCUUUGUUUUACAAUGAAAUCAGGUAGGAUCUGUAUACCAUGCAUACUGUACAAGAUACUGUAUUAUAUGUUAUCAGAUAGAAACUGCAUACCAAUAAAGCAUAAUGUAAUGGUUCGUUUACAGAUUGCAAGUGGUGUUUAACACU